AUGCUCCGCCUCCGGAAAUGCAUCCUCACCCAGCUCCUCCCUUCCUCCUCCGCCUCUCCCAUCUCCCACCUCAGCUGCCUCUUCUCCGCCGCCGUGCCCGCUGUUUCCCCCAACCCUAGCUUCGCCGUGGAGGAGUACCUCGUCGCCACCUGCGGCCUCACCCGACCACAGGCCGCCAAGGCCUCCGCCAAGCUGUCCCACCUCAAAUCCCCCGCCAAGCCCGACGCCGUCCUCGCCUUCCUCGCCGGCCUCGGCCUCUCCGCCGCCGACGUCGCAGCUCUUGUUGCCAAGGACCCGCUGUUCCUCUGCGCCGGCGUCGAGAGAACCCUGUACCCCGUCGUCGUCCGGCUCACCGACCUCGGUCUCGCGCGUCCUGAUAUCGCACGCCUCGUCUCGCUAGCCGGUGAGUAUUUCAGACGUAGAUUUGUUGCCUCAAGGCUACCCUACUUCAUGUCCCUCUUCGGAUCCUACGACAACCUCCUCCGGGUACUCAAGAACAACCCCAAUCUCCUGGGAAGCGACCUCGACAGGGUUGUCAAACCCAACAUCGUGUUACUGCAGGAGUGCGGGCUAGGUGUUUGCGAUAUUGCCAAGCUGUGCAUCCGUGUGCCAUGGAUGCUCAGCAUCAACCCGGAGCGCGUCCAGGCGAUAGUGGCGUCUGCUGAACGACUUGGUGUGCCCCGUGGAUCAAGGAUGUUCAGGCAUGCCUUGCAUGGUGUUGCAUUUUUUGACGACGAGAAGAUCACCGCCAAAGUGGAACUCUUGAAGAAGACGUUCAGGUGGUCAGAUGCCGAGGUGGGUAUUGCUGUUUCUAAGGCUCCAAUUGUGCUGAAGAAGAGUAAGGAAUCACUGCACCGUAGGUCCGAGUUCCUCAUCUCUGAGGUGGGGUUGGAACCUGGGUACAUUGCUUAUCGCCCAGCAAUGCUCAGUUACAGCCUGGAAGGCCGGAUGAGACCCCGGUACUAUGUUGUAAAGUUUCUCAAGGAAAAUGGAUUGCUCAAGCGUGACCUGAGCUACUUUACUGUUUUCAAGGAGUCCGAGAAGGCAUUCAAGGAGAUGUUCAUACACCCUCAUAAGGAAGCUGCACCGCACCUUGGGAAAGACUACGAUGCUGCUUGCAAAGGGGAAGUGCCCACUAAUUUCAGAUUCACGUAA